GUGCCCCCUGCAUAUAGCUUCAAAUUCCAUAUGCUCGAAACUGCUGCUUAAUAUUAUGCGCUGGUUGCAGAAGAGGACCAAAUGAGCAGGCGGCACAAUUUCCAACCGACAGCUUCUGGUCUCGCCCUCGGUCUGCUAUUAACAACUUCAUCUUACAUUGUCCUUUGCUCAGCCCAGCAUGUUGGCGUUCAACACCAUCGAGACAUCUGCGAUGGUGUUGCAGCUUGCAGCUCUGCCGGUCCCCCGCUAGGAACCACCGCUUCAUCAGAAGGCCCAAAGCCGAACACGUGGGCUUGGCUCAGGCAGUUACAAGAGGAGGAAAGGGCUGCCGAGAAUGCAAAGAAGGGCAUCCAUGUCGGCACCGAUUCUCGCCUAACCGUGACGCAGCACACCAACGCUAUCGCUGCUUCAGCACCAGCUGCAGCCAAGGAUGGCAUCGCCUCACUUAAAGCACAAGACUCAAGCGCUUUUUGGGCCCAUCAAAGCAGCUUGGAGCACGCUCAUGCCUCCUCCCGCAAGCGAGGACUUGUUGGACUGCCAAGCGCUGCCUUUUUAAGCGGCCUGCUGAUCGGCUUCGUUGUGGGCAUAAGCACUGGCGUGGCUUGGGCUAGGAGGAGCAACCUUUUUAGCGCAAGCCCUCCUCCGGUUGGCCCAACAAGUAGUGAAGCAGCAAAGAGACCGAGCGGUGACGCAGCUUCACCAACUCUUCCUGACGAUGUUGUGGCAAAGGUCGAGACCAUUCCCAAGACAGCCACUAACACUGCUGUGAACGGUGCUCCACCAGCUGAACGUGGUUGUGCCCGCGCUGAGUACAGCGAGGGUAGCAGCACCUGGAACUGCGGGAAGUGUGAUGACGGGAUAGGGGAGGUAUCAACUAGCAAUCCAUGUGAUCCAUCCCCAAUAACUAAGCUCACGGUGAGGGUCGCAGCACCCGCGGACAGUGGUGCUGUUGUCGAGGGCAGUAGUGACAACAUGACUGCUUCGGCUUGUGGGCCUUCUGCCUCUUCUUCCGCUGCCGUACAACCGUCUGUUGUAGCACCAGCGGAUAGCGACGUCAAAACCCCGUGGCGGCAGCGGCCUGCCCCUCUCGAUGUGGCUGCCACACCGGUUGGAGCUGCCAGCGGCGGCCAGACACCUCUUCCUGCGCAGACCAGCUGCACCACGCCCUCUUCUUGGCGUCGGUCCCCGCUGGCCUCCCCGACAGAGGGCAUCAUCAGCGCGGCGGCAUCGCUGUUGGCUAUGCUAGCCGGUCGUGCGGACAGGCCCGCAGAUCGCGCCACCCUGACGGAAUUCGCAGCGGAGCUGCGGCAACGUCAGCAUCUCGACCCCAGGCGGCGCCGUACGGUCACAUCCGACGAGGGCACUACGCCAGCACCCAUCAUGCGCAUCCCGACCCAAGACAAAGCGGACGAGCCGCCGACGAUCCAUGCGUCCAAGCCGCCUCUCGCACCCGCGGGCAGCGCACUGGGCUAUGCCGGCAGGUCGGCAGGAGCUGCACCUUCGUCCUCAGCCGUGUCCAGGUCACCUGGGGAUGGGGACCAUGGAUGGCUGCAGCUGCAGCAGCCCGGCGCGCUGGGACCCGUCGCCUGCUCCAGCGCCCUCCAAGGCCAGUUUCGGCUGGCGACGCUAGCUGAAGAGGCGGAGGCUUGCUCGCACCAGCAUUAUGCCAUGAUGCAGCGAGGCAUGGCGGGAGAUCCGCAAUUACAGCAGCAGGCGAUCUUGACAGCACUCGAUAUCGCACACAUGUUCUGUGGUGCAGUGGGGGUAGUGUACAGGGCGGCGUCGGAGAUCACGUCCGCCAUCACAGCCGGCACCACUGCCAUCAAGGAGCUUACCGCUGUGGUCGCGAACUUUGCCGCCGACAUGCGGGAUAACACCAGGGUGAUGCGCGCCAUCACGUUGCAGCGCGAUCUGAAGGCGCAGCGGUUAGCGGUGCAGGCCGCCAUGACGCGCGGCAUGUGGGUCAGCCUGAUUGCGAUUGUGUUUGGCUCGUGGAUGUGGGGCCGCUGGGAGGAGGUGUCCAGGCGCUGCGCAGUGGAGCCAGGGCACUGGAUGCCGCGAACGGCAGCCGCGGCGGCAGCGCCGGGGUUCAAGUUCCUGUUUUCGCCGGUUUGGUGGUUUUCACGGGCCCUGGGGCUGCCAACUGCGCAAUCGUUCCGCGGCAGCAGCCACGGGGCCAUGUUGGGCUUGCUGCACUGGCCCUACGUGUCAUGGGCGCUCUGCCACGUCCACGAGCUAGGCCUCUGGUGUGUGGGAUGCCUCGUCCUGCUGUACCUCUUGGUACCCGUGCUCCGGUGGGCGGCCUCCAUCGCCACACCGCACUCGUGGAUGCUGGACAUCCCUUUCACCUUUGGCAUCCUCUGCGCUGCGCCGGGCUGCAUCGCGGUUUCCUUCCUGGGAGGCAGCUGGGCGGUGUGGCUGGUGUCGUGGUGGCUGUGGUGCGCUGCGGGCUUUGGCCUGCAUGUACGGUACCUGCGGUACACCCUGAGCCACAUGGCGGCGUUGCUGAUGCUGAUGUUUGUGGCACCGGCAUUGAUGGGGGUGCUGCCGUACGCGGCCUGGUUGAGGCCAAUGCACUAUGUCAUGGAGGAAUGGGCGGUGUUUCUGUUGCGGCAGGGCAUGCGCUCGCUUGGUAAGCGCAGCGAGGAGGAGAUUGAGGCGUUUCUGGCCGGAGAGGGGUUCCUCUUGUAGCGCUGUUGCUCAUGCGGACAUGCGGGGUGUGUGGCGUGAGAGGCUGGAUGUGCGGGGGAGGGCGCUACCGUUAUGAGGAAUGCGGGACUGGAAGACACGGAGUUAGGUUUGGACGGGUUGAGGGCAGAAAUUGGCAAGCCGCAGACGAUGGCAGGAUGACGUGCGUGGCUUGUCACAGGGAGGGACGUUAAGUGAGAAGGAUAGGAGAUGCGUAGAUGCCCCUACCCUUGGGACCGCUACCGCAUGUUUGCAUGGUAGGCGUCGUCUAGGAUUCGGCUUAUGUACCGGUAUUGGAGGGGCGUCCAUGGGCGAGUCAAUAAAUGUGCUAGUAAAUUGCGUGCGUGUCUCUGAUAUAGGUGUAUAGGAUUAAUAGCUGUCUUCUCCGGAGUUGUUGCCUUUCCGGUUAGCUGCAGAAGUUAGCUGUCAGACAUCUAAAGAUCCAACAUCCUUCCUUCGGGUAUGAUUUGGUGUCCAUACAAGUACAGUCAACGGGCGAUUGUGACGGUUUUGGUAGGCUAAUUAGACCCACACUCUGUCGCCUGCUUAUAACGCGACCAUAGACCGUCUGAAUUUGGGAUCCUCACAGUGCGGGUGACUAGAGAUGUCAUAAGCGCUUGGCUUUGCGAGCCUGCAGUGUGCGGCGAUUAGGAGCCAUGCUAGCUAGACUGAGGGUGUGCUGAGGAUUGGGGAGAGUAGAAGAUAGUGCCAUG